GCCCCGCCGCGCCGCCGCUUCCGGCGGAGGAGCCGCCGUCCCCCCCCGCGAUGGCGGCGGAGCUGUGCCGCGCCUUCGGGGCUCUGCUGCUGUCGGCCGCGCCGCUCCGCGCCCGCCUGCCUGCCCUGCCCAGCUCACCGGGGCCGCUGCUGGCGGCCGCCUGCCGCGGGCUGAGCGGCUCGGCGCCGCGCUGCACCACCGACCCGAUGUGGAAGUGCCGGGUCAAGUACACGGUGCGGCCCGUGGGCAUGAAGAAGACGGGCGGCCGCGACCACACAGGCCGCAUCCGCGUGCGGGGGAUCGGCGGAGGACACAAGCGGCGGUACCGGAUGAUCGACUUCCAGCGGCUGCGCUACGAGGAGGGGGCCCCGCCGGAGCCCUUCACCGAGAAGGUCAUCAACGUCCGAUACGACCCUUGCAGGUCGGCUGACAUCGCCUUGGUGGCCGGCGGCAACCGCAAGCGCUGGAUCAUUGCCACGGAGAACAUGCAGCCGGGGGACAUCAUCAAGAACUCCUCUCACAUCGGCAGGAUGGCAGUGUCGGCCAACGAAGGGGACGCGUACCCGCUGGGAGCUCUGCCCGUGGGCACACUGAUCUGCAACCUGGAGAGCCACCCCGGCAAGGGAGCACAGUACAUCCGUGCAGCUGGGACUUGCGGAGUGCUGCUGAGGAAAGUGAACGGCACGGCCAUCGUGCAGCUGCCCUCCAAGAGGCACAUGCAGGUACUGGAGACGUGCGUGGCCACAGUGGGCCGUGUGUCCAACGUUGACCACAACAAGCGAGUGAUCGGGAAGGCAGGACGGAACCGCUGGCUGGGCAAGCGCCCGCACACGGGCUUGUGGCACCGCAAGGGUGGCUGGGCAGGACGCAAGAUCAAGCCUCUGCCACCCAUGAAGAGCUACGUCAACCUCCCACGGAUCAAAGCACAGGAGUGAUGCUGAGGGCAAAUAAAGCAUUCUCCACACCCA